UUCUCCCUUCCCUCCCCCCCCCCCCCUCUCUCUCUCUCUCCCACAUUUAGCAAGAGAGAGAAACAUGAGAGAUAGCAAGCAGCACAGCAGAAUGUGCAGCAGCAGCACCACCCUCGCAUUCUUCCUUCUCAUUGCACCACUCCUUUCCACUUCCACACCCACCAUCAGCAGCAACAACAGAAGAAUCCUCCACCAACCCCUUCUCCCCCAAAAUGGAUCCCCUCCUCCCUCACAACCCCCAAGCCCUCCUCCAUCAUCACCUCCAAACCCAAAGUACCCAUUUUCAACCACACCCAAUACCAAUGCUUCUUCUUCCACACCCUUUUUCCCAACAUACCCUUCUCCUCCUCCUCCUCCUUCUCCUUCUGCCUUUGCUUCCUUCCCUGCUAACAUCUCCUCUCUCAUCCUCCCCCAAACCCAAAAGUUCAAAUCUUCCUCCAAAAAACUCCUCGCCGUCGCCAUCGCCGCCGUCGCCUGCGCCGCCGCGGUCGUCGCCCUUUCCGCCUUCGUCUACUGCCGCCGCCGCCGCAAAAACUACUCCGCCGACGAUAAAACCCUCAGAUCCGACAGCAGCAUCCGUCUCUUCCCUCGCGAAGCCUCCACCACAUCCGGCGCCGCUUCCCGGAAAGCCAGAAACACGUCUUCUACAAGCUCUGAGUUUCUCUACCUUGGCACCAUUGUGAACUCCCGCGGCGGCGUUGAUGAGCUCUCUGACCCACGCGCCGCCGCGUUGAAUCCUCGGAAAAUGGACUCGCCAGAGCUCCAGCCGCUGCCGCCGCUGGCGCGGCAGGCUUCGAGGCUUCGGGAGGAAUCGACGGCGACGGUGGAGGACGAUGAAGAAGAGUUCUACUCGCCGAGAGGGUCGCUGAAUAAUGGAAGAGAAGGCUCCGCCGGAGCUGGAUCGGGUUCCCGGCGAGUUUUCAACGCCAUUGCCGGGGAAAACUUGGUUGGUCGUAGCAGCAGUGAGUCAUCCACUUCUUCUUACUCUUCUUCCUCUUCUGCUUCCCCGGAUCGCUCUCAUUCCAUUAGUCUUUCUCCUCCGGUGAGCAUAAGCCCCAGAAAAUCACUACCUAAGUCGCCGGAAAAUACCAUAACCCACCAUUCGCCACCGCAGGAGGCGACGGCGAUUAGAAGCUCGGCGUCCUCGUCCAUACUGUCGUCUCCGUCGCCGGUUUUUGGGCAGCACGUGCCGUCGUCGUCAAUAUCGUCGACGCCGGAGCGGAGGGAGUGUCAGUCGCCGUCGCUGUCGCCGCUCUCUCUGUCUCCAAAGAAAAAACAAACCCCAGAUGGAGAAUCUGUUCCGGGACUUGUUGUGCUUGAAAAGACGCAAUCUUUUGGUUCAUCUAAGUCGAAAAACGAAAGUGGGUCACCGAGAUUGUCCAACGCUUCUUCCAAUGGGAAGUCCUCGGCGUUUUCUCUGCCGUCGCCGGUUAUAGGGAUGAACUUGCAUCAUGAGUUGGAUCAGUCUCCGACAAUAUCCGACGUUUCAGAUCGGUAUCGACAUUCUCCCCUUUCAUCGUUGCAUUUGUCACCGACGCUCCUUUCUUCGCCGGAGAGAGAGUUGAACUCUCAGCCUCAGCCACCACCUUCUCGGAAACACUGGGAGAUUCCUGACUUGUUGACACCAAUUGGCGAAGCACCAAAUUUUUCAGUUCCACAGAGGAAACAAUGGGAAAUUCCGGUUCUUUCAGUACCAAUUGCUCCAUCUAGUAGUGUUUUAGCUCCGCCUCCACCUCCACCACCGCCACCGCCACCUCUGGCGGUUCCCCGGCAGCGUAAGCAGUGGGAGGUGCCGUCUCCAGUGACGCCGGUGGAUCAACAGAUUUCGAGGCCGGCGCCGCCGCUGACGCCACCUUCUAGGCCUUUUGUGUUGCAAACACCAAAUACGAAGGUUUCCCCAGUUGAGUUGCCACCGGCUAGUUCUCAGAAUUUUGAGGAGGGUUCUGAGGAGACAUCUAAGCCUAAGUUGAAGCCUUUGCAUUGGGACAAAGUGAGGGCCAGCUCUGAUCGUGAGAUGGUGUGGGAUCAGUUGAGGUCCAGUUCUUUCAAGUUGAAUGAGGAGAUGAUCGAAACUUUGUUUGUAGUGAACACGCCAAACCCAAAACCCAAGGAUACUACUCCACGCUCAGUUCUUGCGCCACAAAAUCAGGAGGAUAGGGUAUUGGAUCCUAAAAAGUCCCAAAACAUCGCUAUCUUAUUAAGGGCACUUAAUGUGACUAUUGAAGAAGUGUGUGAAGCACUCUUAGAAGGCAUUACUGAUACACUUGGAACCGAACUACUCGAAAGCUUGUUAAAAAUGGCACCAAGCAAGGAGGAAGAACGCAAAUUGAAGGAACAUAAAGAUGAUUCUCCAACCAAACUUGGUCCUGCUGAGAAAUUUUUGAAGGCAGUGCUUGAUGUACCUUUCGCAUUUAAAAGGGUGGAAGCAAUGCUUUACAUAGCCAAUUUUGAGUCCGAAGUGGAGUAUCUUAGGAAAUCCUUUCAAACUUUGGAGGCUGCCUGUGAAGAGCUGCGAAACAGUAGAAUGUUCUUGAAGCUUCUAGAGGCUGUGCUCAAAACUGGGAACCGUAUGAAUGUGGGGACCAACCGCGGCGAUGCACACGCAUUCAAGCUUGAUACGCUUCUCAAGCUGGUUGACGUCAAAGGUGCGGACGGCAAAACCACUCUACUGCACUUCGUCGUACAAGAAAUCAUCAGAACUGAAGGCGCACGUCCCUCAAGUACUAAUCAAACACCGAGCACGAACUUGAACGACGAUGCCAAGUGUAGACGCCUCGGCCUGCAAGUCGUGUCUAGUCUGAGUUCUGACCUAGCGAGUGUGAAGAAGGCCGCUGCUAUGGACUCUGAAGUCCUCAGCAGCGAGGUAUCCAAACUCUCCAAAGGGAUUGCACACAUUGCAGAGGCUGUGCAGUUGGAUGAAGCAGCAGGGUCAGAUGAAAGCAGCCAGAAGUUCAGAGAGUCGAUGAACAAGUUCAUGAGAAUGGCUGAGGAGGAGAUUCUAAAAGUCCAAGCACAAGAAAGUGUUGCCUUAUCCCUUGUGAAGGAGAUCACAGAGUAUUUCCAUGGGAACUUGUCAAAGGAAGAAGCUCAUCCAUUUAGAAUCUUCAUGGUAGUAAGAGACUUCUUAACAGUUCUUGAUAGGGUGUGCAAAGAAGUUGGAAUGAUAAAUGAGAGAACCAUGGUUAGUUCAGCACAUAGAUUCCCUGUCCCAGUGAACCCUAUGCUUCCACAACCCCUUCCAGGACUUGUUGGAAAGAGACAAUACAAUUCCUCAGAUGAUGAUGAUCAUAGUCCAUCUCCUUAGCUGUGUAUCACUCAUGUCAGUGUGACAUCUUUUGGCUGCAUCUUCUGUUAGGAAACAACCUGGAACCAGGCGAUUUUGACGGGUCUGGGGGUGCAUGUAUGGUCUGGCCCAUUUUUUUUUUCUCUUGUCAAAUUGUAAAAAUCCUUGUAAAAGAUUUGAGUUAUAAAUAUAUUAUAGAUUAUAUAUAGAGUAGAAGAUUUUCUUUGGGGAAAUAAGCUUCGCCUUAUAUGAAUUGGAGAUGAUGUAUUUUAAGGUUUGUUAUGUACAAAGCUAUUCAAUUGGAGAUGGCGCCUGGUUGCAAAUGCUUUUAUAGAAGACUAUAAUUUGGGGAACCACGAUGUAAUUCAUGAGCCAGAUUAGAAUUUAUGUGCAUGGUAGGAUUUUAGCUUGAGGGACUUUCCUUUUCUAAAGUAUUGUAGACCCAUAUUCCUCUUACUAAAUUAUAUAUUCUUGAGCAUUGUUAGUA